AUGGCAGAUUUAUUUCCUACCCUCCCGCAAUGCGCUGCUGUGGCCGUCGCGCUGAAGCUGUUGCUUUGGCCUGCCUACAAAUCGACCGACUUUGAAGUCCACCGGAACUGGUUAGCUAUCACCAACUCAUUACCGAUUCAUGAGUGGUACUACGAGAAAACAUCAGAAUGGACGCUCGACUAUCCGCCCUUCUUUGCCUACUUCGAAUGGACCAUGUCACAAGCUGCGCGUUAUAUCGACCCAGCCAUGCUCGAUGUUUCAAAUCUUGGCCACGAUAGCUGGCCGACAGUCCAUUUCCAACGAGCGACAGUCAUCAUCACCGAAUUGGUCCUCGUCUACGCUCUCUACCUAUUUAUUCAGUCGUCUCCUCAGGCAACCAAGAGGCAAUCGCAUGCCGCUGCUUUAUCGAUUCUGCUCUCGCCUGGAUUGCUCAUCAUCGAUCACAUUCAUUUCCAAUACAACGGCUUCCUUUACGGCGUCUUGAUUCUGUCUAUCGUCCUUGCGCGAUACCAAAAGGACUGGCUCUUGGCAAGCGGCCUUUUAUUCAUGGCUCUGUUGUGUUUCAAACACAUCUACCUCUAUCUUGCGCCGGCAUAUUUCGUCUACCUGCUACGAACAUACUGUCUCGGCCAGAAAUCGUUAUUUACCAUUCAAUUUACAAACUGCAUCAAACUCGGAGGCGGCAUUGUGAUCGUCGCUGUAUUGGCAUUCGGUCCUUUCGCCUACUACCAGCAGAUCCCGCAAGUCUUCAGCAGAUUGUUUCCAUUUUCUCGUGGAUUGUGUCAUGCGUACUGGGCUCCCAACGUUUGGGCGCUGUACUCCUUUGCUGACAGGGUUCUAAUCUACCUUGCCCCUCAUCUCAAGCUCUCAAUCAACUCUGAGGCUGUGAAUAGCGUGACUCGUGGGCUCGUGGGCGACUCGACGUUUGCUGUGCUUCCAGAAAUCGCUCCCAGGACGACGUUUUUUCUUACUCUUGGCGCUCAAAUUCCAUCAUUGAUCAAACUUUUCUUCCAACCGACAUGGGACAACUUUGUCGCGACAAUCACCCUUUGCGGAUAUGCAUCAUUCCUCUUUGGAUGGCACGUUCACGAGAAGGCGAUUCUACUCGUGAUCUUGCCCUUUAGUCUGCUGGCGCUCAAAGAUCGUCGCUAUCUGGGUGCCUUUCGACCCCUGGCGGUGGCCGGUCAUGUCAGCUUGUUCCCACUGCUCUUCACGGCGAUGGAGUUUCCCAUCAAGGUCAUCUAUACCAUUGCUUGGCUGACCGUAGUUCUGUUGGCGUUCGAUCACUUGACCCCAGCGUCUCAACAGCAAAGGGUAUUCCUCUUUGAUCGGUUCUCACUGCUUUACAUCGCCGCGGCGAUCCCGUUGAUCGCUUAUUCGUCGCUCGGUCACCAAUUGCUGUUUGGCGAGAAAUUAGAAUUUCUGCCGUUGAUGUUCAUUAGUUCCUAUUCCGCGAUCGGUGUCGUUGGGAGCUGGUUGGGUUUCCUGGUCGUCUUUCUCACAUCCUGA